AUGUAUUUCGUCCCACUGCUUGUCUUUGCUAGCAUCUUAUGGAAAUGUUCUAGCCAGCUCAUCCUUGGGACUAUUGCGGUAAUAGAAUUCACUAUCGAAUUUAUGGAAAUGGAGGCCGUGGUCGCUACCGCUGAGAUUAGUGUUGAGGGGCCUGUUGUUGGGGUUACUGAAUCUGCAGUAGAGAGUGAAGUUCUACUACAAACACAAGAAUUGGAAGUGGGAGGAUCGUACACUGUUAGAGCCGGGAUUCCAGGGCAAUUAGGACGUCGAGACGUUUCUGGAUCUUUUGGCUUUGACAACGUUAGAAUCACGGAUACAACUGUUAGUGGAAGUGUAGACAUCACUUUACGGCCUUUACGUGUGAAUUUCGACACAACAACUCCUAGGGUUCAAGUAUCGGUCCCAUACCAGGCUGGUAUUACAUUCGGCCCUAGACAUGGACCUGGCCCAAGUCAUGGUGUGAGUUUUAGUAUGCAUGACGCUGUUGUUCAUGGCAGAGGUCGUUUUGGGAUUGGGCGAAAUAGUCAUUUAAUCUGGAGAAUUCGCUCAUCUACAGGAAGAUUCUUGGGCUCAAGAUAG